AUGGCAACACAAUCAACUCCUCGCAAGCUCUGGGAGCACCCCAACCCGGGGACGACACAGAUGCACCAGUUCAAAAACUACCUAUCCAGCAAAACCAACACCCGCUUCCCAGACUUCCAGGCUCUCUACACCUACUCCGUCACCCACCCCACCACCUUCUACCACCACCUCUUCAACUACUUCCCUCUAAUCUACACCGAUACCCUCCCGAACGCCACUUCAGACCGGCCAAACCACAUCUUCGAUCCCACCGCGCGCAUGGAUUCCAUCCCCGCCUGGUUCCCGGGCAUGCAGCUCAACUUCGCUGAAAACAUCCUCUCCAGUGGCCCCCGCCACGGCCAACCCUGCAAGACCAACAAAGAAGACGACAAAACCGCGUGCGUGUCCGUGCGCGAAGGCUCCUUCACCGAACCCAUCCAGCACCUGACCUGGUCCUCGCUCCGCCACCGCGUCGCCCUCCUCGCCAACGCCAUGCGCGCCCACGGCUUCGGAAAGGGCGAUCGGGUAGCCGUGGUGGCAAGCAACAGCAUCGACACGCUGACCGUCUUCCUCGCCACCACGAGCCGAGGCGGCCUCUUCAGCAGCAGCAGCACCGAUAUGGGCGUCAAGGGCAUCCUCGACCGCCUGACCCAGAUCCGACCGCGAUGGGUCUUUGUCGAUGACUUCUCCGUCUACAACGGACGCACCGUCGACCUGCGGCCCAAGAUGGCCGAGAUCGUUACGGGUAUGGAAGGGGUGCCGGAAUUUGAGGGCUUGGUCGCCCAGCCCCGGUUCAGUGAUCGGCCGGCUGAGGUCUCGGAUGUGCCGAGGACGGUAUCCUGGGAGGAGUUUUUGCGGAAGGGGAGUGGAGAUGGGGAGUUGAGGUUUGAGCGGAUGGACUUCUCGGAUCCGUUUCUCAUUGUAUACUCGAGUGGGACGACGGGCAGUCCCAAGUGUAUUGUUCAUUGUGUGGGUGGGGUGGUGUUGAAUGGGUUCAAAGAGGGGAUGCUGCAUAGAUGCUUGGGAGCCAGGAGUGUGGCAUUGCAGUACACGACAACAGGGUGGAUCAUGUAUCUUGCCGCCGUACAAGCCCUCCUCUUCGGCAGCACCAUGGUCCUCUACGACGGGAACCCCUUCCUCCCCAAUCUCGAAACCUUCAUCCACCUCACCUCCCGCCUCCGCGUCAGCCACCUCGGCAUCUCGCCCCGCUACCUCCAGGAGCUGCAAAAAAACAGCAUCAUCCCUCGCCAAGUAGCCGACCUCAGUGCCCUGCAAGUCGUCACCAGCACCGGCAUGGUCUUGUCAGACCAGCUCUUCGAAUGGUUCUACGACGUAGCCUUCCCGAAACACGUCCAGCUGGAUAACGUCUCCGGCGGGACGGAUAUCGCCGGUGCGUUCGCGACAGCGAAUCCGCUCCUCCCAGUCUACACAGGUGGAUGCCAAGGUCCCUCCUUGGGGACUCCGAUCGCGGUCUUUGACUCAACCCUCAAAGGUGGCAGGGGCGUCAAGGGUAGACGUGUAGAAGACGGAGUACCUGGCGAGCUGGUCGCAACAGGCCCCUUUCCGAAUAUGCCGCGUUUCUUCUGGGGCGAUGAGGACGGGAAGAGGUACCGUGAGAGCUAUUUUGCCAAAUUCGACGAUUGCUGGGUUCAUGGUGAUUUCGUCAUGAUCCAUCCGACGACGAAGCAGAUUAUCUUUUUGGGCAGGAGUGAUGGCGUGUUGAAUCCGAGCGGGGUGAGAUUUGGGUCCGGGGAGAUAUAUGCAGUGGUGGAUGCGAGGUUUGGUGAGCUGGUGGCGGAUUCGAUCUGUGUGGGUCAGAGAAGGCCAUCGGACACGGAUGAGAGCGUGAUGCUUUUCGUUCUGAUGAAGCCGGGAAGGAAAUUCUCCCCGGGUCUGGUCAACGAUAUCAAGGCCGCGAUUCGGAAGGAGCUCAGUCCCCGACAUGUCCCACGCUAUGUCUUUGAGACGCCGGAGAUACCGACCACCGUCAAUCUAAAAAAAGUCGAGUUGCCUGUCAAGCAGAUCGUCUCUGGAAAGAUCGUCAAGCCGAGUGGCACGCUGCUGAACCGGGGGAGUCUGGAUUAUUACUACCAGUUUGCGAAGGUGGAAGAGCUGGCGGGUCCGCUGAAGGCGAAGCUGUAG